AUGAUGUAUCAGAUGAAGAAAAUAAUUGAUCAUGAUAAAGAAAUCUUUUUGCCGAACUGCAUGUAUUCCGUAAAAUAUCGCACAGACUUUUUCCAAGAAGAUUAUAGCGAUAGCGACAUCGGUAUCAGUGCCCAGGUUAUCAAGUUUCUUAAGGGAUCAAAUAAAAUGUCGGAGUUGGAGCAACGCCAAGAACAGUUAUUAAAAAAAUUGGAUACUCUCUAUGAUAGAAUUAAGACAAUUAGUUCCUACUGUAAAGUGGACAACAUUCAAGAAACUAAAAUGAGUAAACCAGAAAAAUGUCUACCUACACCAGAAGAGGUUGUCUUGGUUCUCAGCCCAGACAGUUUGCCCUGGUAUCUAAAUCUUAUUUUAAAAAAGCCCAUGGAUUUGAACAUUUCAUGGCAUAUUCACUCUUCUGUGCCUAAUGAAAAAGUAGCUAAAAUUACAAACUAUGUUAAAAAUCUACAAGAAACUAAGAGUAAUUCUACAAUUAAUUUGAGGCUGAUAUUUAAAUGUGUUUUGGCUGAUACAGAGUUGAAGAUCUCUACCUUGGAUGUGCCUAUUGUAGGCAAUGUCAACAUAUUACGCUACCUUUCUUAUGUUUAUCCAAGUGUAAUACCUUACAAUGAUAAUGAUCAUCAGGUAGAAACAUUGCUUGAUAUCUGCCAUGUUUUGGAGAGAGCAUCAGAUAAGAACAAAGAAGCACUUGUCAAGAAAUUAUUUGCAAAUGAAAAGAGCUGGAUAAAUGGCAAUGAAUUUUCUAUUGUAGAUGUAGCUGCUUACAAUGUCAUUAAGCAAUGGAAAAAUGUACCUAAUUAUAUUUCAAAAACCUGGUUUGAAAAAACUAACAAGUUAUUUUUAUAA